UUAUGCUUAGAAUUAGAUACAUCAUACAGCGAAAGCAAUGCAAUUAGUUGGUUUUUCGUGCGUUUUCUAGUGGUGUUUUGCGAUUCUCAAAUAUAGUAAGGUUGUUUCAUAAAAAUGAACAUAUUCAUAUAUUCAUCGAUUGCCUUUGCGGUUCUCUUGCUGUUGCCCGGCUCCAAUGACGGCAGCAAGUCGUGGAAGAAGAAAAAAUAUUACUUUAAGAGCCAAAAGAGAUAUUUCUGCGAUUCCCGCUCCCGCCAUCACCCUUCCUACCACCGGGUGCCGGCACCAUGCGCAGCCAAUGCCAAUCCACAGCUGUCCAGUCAUAUUAAACCCAUGCCCAUCGAUCCAUACCGGAUGCUUGGCAAAUGGUAUCAGCCCUUGGUAUUUUACAACAACGCCAGCGUUAAUUCUCUGGGAUACAAUUUCGCCGUCUACUACAACAACAUUGGGAAUGAGACGCUACUCGCCGGCACCGAUACACCGGCACUGCUGAUCGAAUAUUACGAAAGCGCCAUCGAUGCCGAUACGCAGAAGUGUGGCACCAAUGUGGCCUUGAAUCAACUGGCAGCAAACGGCAGAAUGCGGCAGCUGUGGUUCUACAGUUUCAUCACGGAUCCGACGCAGUACGGGACAGCAUUGUGGCCGGAUGUAGUGGCGUCGACGGACUAUGAUUCCUAUGCGAUUAUUUACGAGUGUGACCGCGUCAGCAACACCAGUCGUAGUGCCUGUGAGGAGCCCUACAUCGCUGUGCUGACCCGUGACCGACCCGAUUUGGUGUCGUCCGCGGUGAUAACGCGCGUGUCCAAGGAGAUCGAUCGCAUCCUGGGCAAGUACUGCUUCGACGCCUCACACCUGCUGACACGCCCCUGGUACCCGGCACUGGGCGAAUGUCCGCUGUAUCGGCCCAGCAUCGACUGCUACACGAAGCAGUACGAUGCGUGGAAACUCCUGGCGGGUACCGGACCGGGCAACGGACAAAUCACGCCGGAUAGCGGACCACAGACAGUGCAGUUUUUUGGUUAACAACCAGUUUAUUUUACACUUUUACAGUAAUGUUGAUGCGGUUGUAUGUAGUUCGAACAGUAUUUCAAAAUGUUGUCUGUGUCAGUUCUGUUACAUCUUAUAAUUCGAAGGUGGCGGCUAUUAUACAGUUACUCCUAUUUUAUUCGAUACUCAGUAAAACAUGCUGUGUG